AUGGCUUACUCGAACUUGGAGAGCUUCCUGAAGUGCGCCACCCCCGCCGUCCGAACUCAGUUCCUUCCCAAGGUGACGAUGAUCUUCCUCUCUCCACUCUUCUCUUUCGUUGGUAAGAUCCAAGCCCGAGACAUUCUUCAAGGUCUUGAAUGUGGUUUUGGAGUCGCUGAUUUCUUUCAAAAGCUCACGAUCCAUUGACGAUUUCCCGGCCCCGGCCUGCCGUCUCUUGUUGAUUUUACUCCUUCACAAGUUACUUUUCUGGGUUUAUUUUCUCUAUCUUCGCCCGCGUGUUGCUGGGUUGCUUCAUUCAUAUUAUGUCGCAGAAAUCUUUGUCAUUUUUCUGAGCUGAUGUACCCAUUCCGAUUAGAACAAGCACAGGAUUACCGAGAGAUUCUUCGAUUAGACUACCCUUAUAUAAUUAUUCUCCUCCGAAAUUAGUAUUUAUUUCACUAAUGGUUAAUUUUCUCACCUCUGUGAACAGUGGCAGUCGCUCCAGGGAAGGGACAGCAUCGGUUACUUUGUUCUUGAGGAUCUUUGGGACUGCUACGACGAGUGGAGCGCUUAUGGCGUGGGGGCUCCAAUUCGCCUCAAUGGUCAUGAGACUGUCGUUCAGUAUUACACACCCUACCUCUCUGCUCUCCAAAUCUACACUGGAAAGUCCCUGGAUUUAAGGUUUUUGCCAAAAAAAUCAUUCUUUUCCAUGUAAACAAGCAAGGUGACGAACUGGGUCUCAUUGGGCCGAUAAUGCGAUCUCUUAGGACUGGCAUCGAGGAGCUGUACUUGGAGUCAGAGACCGAGUCGAUGAGCAGUGACAACGAGGAAGGCCGGCUGUCAAGAACAAACAGCAUUUCAUCAAACAGAAUGUGGGACUCUGAUGACUCAGGAACUGACCAGGACACUGAAUUGAAGAUUAAAAAGCCGCUGGGGAAGCUCUACUGCCAAUACUUUGACCAUUCCAGCCCUCACCAGAGGCUACCGUUUAGAGACAUGGUAAUCGAUACACCAGAUUCUAAUGUUUCAGGUUUCUGAUCCAUGAAUUGGGUCUGUAAUUUCUUGGGUUUUUCUUGUUAUUUUCUUCUUCUUAUUAUUAUUUUCCAUUUCAGAUUAAGAAAUUAGCUGAAGAAUAUCUGGGGCUGAAUUCACUGAGGAGCAUUGAUCUUUCACCAGCGAGCUGGAUGGCUGUUGCGUGGUAUGCCGUAUUAAAAUUCGGAAUAAUUAUCAUAUUACUAUUUAUGGACGACUAAUAAUCACAGAAUUAGUGCACUUGAUUCUUAUUUUCUAUUCUUGAUUCAUUCCACUGGAUAAUUCGGCGUUUAUUAGGUAUCCUAUAUACCAUCUUCCUUCUCAAAGAAACCCAAAGGAGCUGUACUCUGCCUUCCUCACUUACCACUCAUUGUGCUCAUCAUUUGAAGGUAAUUUCGCAUCAGAAAAGGAAACCUUUUUAUUUCCACAAUGUUUUGUCCAUUAUUUGCUUGAUCUUCGUAUGGUUAAUUGGUAAAUAUUUUAUUCCAUAUUUAGUACCCGCAUCAAUCUUCUUAUCGCAUCAGAUUACGUGGGUGAUGGAAACUGGAUUAUGGUACGAAGAUCAUGACUGCUUAUGUCCCAUUUAUUAUUUCCUUCAUAUCGGAGGUAAUAGUUAUAAAUAGUGGUUGGUAUUAAACUUGUCGUACUGAAGUCGGUGCCUGCUCCAGGACGUCAAGGUUCAUGCCUUUAUUGUUCAUGUGACGAAACCUGAGAGUUUGCAUGUGAGGGAAGGUGGGAUCUAUAGACACUUUGACUUUUCCCACUGGUUAUGACUUGGAGGCUUGAACCCGGUCAAAGCUUUUAAGAAGGCCCAUUCACUGUGUUCAUGCGAGUGAGACUCGAUUAUAAUCCCACAUUGGAAAAUAAUAAGUAGAAAACCUUGAAAUCGGCCCCACCGUGAUUGCCCAGAUAGGCUCCCCCCUUUCUUUGACCAUUUGACUGCUACGGUUCAAGGUCAGCGAUCUGCCGCUGACCGCAGUGGGUUGACGACCACCGGAAUUAAUCAUUGUAUAAUGAAAAAAGAUCAUUAUUUUUUGUGCGUUAAGUACGUAAGAUUAGUUGGAUAUAUAUCUUCCUGGGCUUCUGGUUUAUUCUCUUUGAAAUUCAUUUCCUUCUGUUGCAGAGGGCCUGAAGACGAGGGAGACGGGUGGGACGACCGCCCUGCCUCCGUUUGGCUUGGCCACCUACCGGAUGCAGCGGCGGGUCUGGGUGAAGCCUGGGACUGAGGACUCUCAGAAGAUCAGCUCCCUCUUGAGCGCCGCCUCCUCCUGGCUGACGCAGGUUGACGCCAUCCACCACCCCGACUUCGGCUUCUUCGUCUCACGCUCCAUGUAG